UUUUGUGUGUAGACUGUAUUUUGUAAUCAAAAACUAUGAGAAUCUCGUUAUGUGAAGACUUGUGUCCACUGUUGACCACCGAAGUCACAGAUAAACUGAUCGCCAAUAAAGUGAUUUCAGUCGAAGAUCUUGUUUUAUGCGAUUUACCAAAAGUCCGCCAAAUUAGUCGUCAAAGUGAUGUCCACUUUCAGACACUUCUGGAUAUUAGAGAUCAAUUGUAUACCCGAUUUGUGGCCAAACCUUUCAACGCAUUUAAAUUAUACAACAAAACCAUUUCUUUAAAACCAUUGAAAACCACAAUCAAGAAUUUGGAUCAAAUGUUACCGAAAGGUAUCCCCAGAGGACAAGUGACACAGAUAUACGGUGAAAGUGGUUCAGGAAAGACACAGUUUUGUUACACUUUGAUGGCAUCGGUGGCUAAACUUUACGGUCAAAGAGUUCUCUAUUUUGACACCGAAUUAUCGUUUGACUCGUCAAGACUUAUCCAAAUAAUUAACAACAGAUUCCCCGCUAUUAAUGAACAAAAGUUGGAUCAACUUUUAGACUAUAUUCUUGUCACUCGAGUAUUUGAUUUGCGAUCCAUUUUAGAUAAUAUUGAAGCCAUUGAUUGUGAUUUACAGACAAAUCCGUUAUCGGAAUACAAACAAUUGAAACUAAUUAUCAUUGACUCGAUGUCAUCGCCGGCUACUCUUGAGAUGAAGAAAACUAAUUACAAAUCUAACAUUCAAGACCAACGAGCAAAUAGUUCGGGCGCACGAAAACUUCACCACCAAUUGAAAGUACGAAUGACACAAAUGGUCACAAGUUUGAGGGCAUUUGCUGUCAAACACUCGAUGGCCAUAAUUGUUGUUAAUUCCCAAGUGAUGGCAAAGAAGUAUUAUUGGAAUAACUCUUGUAAUACUUGUUUGCAAUUUGUUAGACAUAAUGAAGAUAUUAAUUCAAAAGAGAUAACAAUUAGUUUAAUGCAGUCAUACGACACACGAGCCGACAAUCACAAGUCAGACAAUAAGUUUACCAUUUCAUUGAAAGGCAUUAACUAAAAUA